AUGGCCCGGAGCAGCACAGCAGCGAGAUGGGGCGUCCUGGUCCUGCUCUGGGGCUGCUCCGUCAUCUGCGUCCUCACAGACAGAAGCCCCUUCAGACGGAUCUUCCUGAAAAGAAUGCCGUCGGUGCGGGAGAGCCUGCAGGAACGCGGCGUGGAUGUGGCCAGACUCGGAGCUGAGCAGAGCCAUUCUGCCAUGGGACUGGCGUUGAGUAACAGCAUCUCCACCGUGGUCCUCACCAACUACCUGGAUACCCAGUACUACGGCGAGAUCAGCAUCGGCACCCCACCCCAGCCCUUCAAAGUCAUCUUCGACACGGGCUCCGCCAACCUCUGGGUGCCAUCCAGCAAAUGCAGCCCUCUCUACUCUGCCUGUGAGAUCCACAAUCUCUAUGACUCCGAGAAAUCCUCCAGCUACCUGAAGAAUGGGACCGAGUUGACCAUCCACUACGGGUCCGGGAGGGUCAAAGGCUUCCAGAGCCAGGAUGUGGUGACGAUUGGCGGAAUCACGGUGACACAGACGUUCGGCGAGGUCACGGAGCUGCCCGCCAUCCCUUUCAUGCUGGCCAAGUUUGAUGGGGUCCUGGGCAUGGGCUUUCCCGCACAGGCUAUUGGAGGGGUCACCCCCGUCUUUGACAACAUCCUCUCGCAGAAGGUCUUAAAUAGGGACGUCUUCUCUGUCUACUACAGCAGAAAUUCCAAGAAAUCCCACUCAGUGGGCGGAGAGAUUGUGCUGGGGGGCAGCGACCCCCAGUAUUACCAAGGCAACUUCCACUACGUGAGCGUCAGCAAGACCGACUCCUGGCAGAUCAGCAUGAAAGGGGUGUCUGUGAACGAGGCCACACUCCUGUGUGCAGAGGGCUGCAAGGCAGUGGUGGACACGGGCGCCUCCUACAUCUCGGGCCCCACCAGCUCCCUGCGGGUGCUCAUGGACACCCUGGGGGCCAAGGAGCUGAGCAACUACGAAUAUGUGGUGAGCUGCAACCAGUUGCCCACGCUGCCAAAUAUCUCCUUCCACCUCGGGAACAGCGCCUACACCUUGACCAGCUUCGACUACGCCCUCCUCCAGGACUCCUACAGCAACGACGACGAGUGCACACUGGCCCUCCACGGCAUGGACAUCCCCCCACCCACUGGGCCCGUCUGGGUCCUCGGCGCCACCUUCAUCCGCAAGUUCUACACAGAGUUUGACCGGGGCAACAAUCGGAUUGGCUUUGCCUUAGCCCGCUGAGCGCCACAGCCAGCAGCUCGAC